UCCUACUACUGCAUUUGUAUCCUCGGAAACAGCUGUUGGUUCCCAUCGCACACUCAUAACCCACAGGAAGAGGUCAAAGGAGCAGUGAAGAAACAGUCCUCCAGAAGCCUAGAGGGGCAAAAGCUGCACAAGCCAGAGCUGUUUUCUCCUGCAAUUGCUCCCUGGUGUGUCCAGAGUUUCCUGGUUCUCAUCGGCAGGCGAUGGGCGGCAGGGAGGAUGAAUUCGAACCGUCGGCACUGGGCACCAAAGAGCAUUGGGAUGCAACAUAUGAACAAGAAUUGAAAAUUUUUAAAGAAAGUGGCGAUGCUGGUGAGAUCUGGUUUGGCGAAGAGAGCAUGGCACGUUUAAUUAGAUGGAUAGAAAAACAAAAGAUACCCCUGGACAGCUCUGUGCUUGACAUUGGAACAGGAAACGGUGUUUUGCUGGUUGAAUUGGCCAAAUCCGGUUACACCAACCUUACUGGGAUUGACUACUCUCUGUCUGCGGUACAACUUUCAAAAAACGUAAUAGAAAAAGAAGGUCUGCCUCACGUUAAAUUGCAGGUAAAAGAUAUUUUAAAUCCCUCAGAUGAAUUAUCAGAUUUUCAGAUUUGCAUUGAUAAAGGGACUUUUGAUGCCAUCAGUCUGAACCCAGAAAACGCGGCAGAAAAAAGGAAACGCUAUGUGAAAACCCUGAACAGGGUGUUGAGACCAGGAGGAUUUUUCCUCAUAACGUCUUGUAAUUGGACGAGGGAGGAGCUGUGCAAGGAAUUCAGUGAAGGUUUUCUUCUUUUGGAAGAGCUCCCAACACCCACAUUCUGCUUUGGAGGAAGAACUGGAAACACCGUAACUGCUUUGGUUUUCCAACAGAAAACAUAAAGUUUUAUAUACUGGGUGAACUUUGGAUGGAAGACUUCCUGUUUUGAAUUCUGAAUUUCAUUGACAAAUAUUAUAAAACAGAAUGAUAACAGACAAAUGAUAUAACAUGAAAUACAAGUUUUAGAGAGUUUAAACAAGUUUGGUUUCUUUAAAGCAAAUUUUAUUGCAGGGAUAUUGUAUGGAUAUAUCUAUUAUUUUUUCAAGAAUAAAAUAGCUAGAUGCUGUUUUUUGUAUUUGAAAUCUAAGAUAUUUUUUUAUUAUGUUAUGGUGGACUUCAAAAUUGGUUGAUUAUGAAUUUUAAAGAAAUUUGUCAUAUUUGGUAUUAUUUAUUAAGACAGGUACAAGUAAAAUUGAUAUUCUUUAGAAAUGUGACAGAUUGCCUGAUAUAACUUCUUGGAUGAAUAUAUUUAUUAAUAUUUGAAAAUGUAUUUGCAUGCUGAGAUCUAAAGCGGGGCGGGGGGAAUGGCACUGUUCCCUAAAGGUUAAAAUGUGGUGUGUGUUUUUCUUUACAUGAUGUAUUUUCCGUUCUGUUUUGUUGAUAUUCACAAUAAAAAGGGGGGAAAGGGAAAAAUGCUCUGCUUUACAAAGGUACAAAUGAUUAUAUGUUGAAGUUAUACAAGAGCCAUUUGAGAAUACAGUCCUUAAAAAUAAGAGCCACGUGGCAAUUGAUGGAGAGGGUGUUGCUUUUUCCCUCUGACGCAGGUCAGUAGAGUGGGUGUAGGUGCAUCUAGUUAUAACUAAUGUAGUUAAUAGCUCCAGUUUGAUUUAUAUAGAAGGAUUAGCAACCACAAAGUAGUAAUUAGGUUUGCUUAUGAUUUAGAAAGGGAAUGCUAAAUUUUUGAAUUUUAUUUCAUUGAUAUCAGAGUCAACAGAAUUUGCGGAGUUUUAAACACUGUUGGUUGAACAUUGCCUUUAAUUUAUGUUGAUGAUAAAUACUGUGAAAAAUCUUGUUUUACAUUGCAUGAUUGGUACUGCUUUCUUUCGAGUGCUUUCACUUCAGUGUGUUUUUAUUGGUUUUGUACAGCCUAUAACAGCCUUCCCAAACCUGGUGCCCUCCAGAUGUUUUGGACUAUAACUCCCAUUAUCCUUGACUAUUUGCCAUGCUUGUUUGGGCUGAUAGAGUGGUAGCUCAGAACAUCUGGACAGCAUCAAGUUGGGGAAGGAUGGCUUAGACUGUAGCAUAAAAACACUACAUAUGAUCUGUUUAUUCAAGACAGUCUCUCCAAUUAUAUUUGGCUCUUCUGCAAACUAAAUAGAAAACUAAUUGUGGAGUGAAAGACGAAUUGUUAAAAUAUGCUUUUCUAGGAAACAGGUAUAAAAUUACAUAAAAUCAAUAGAUGUAGUCAUCAAGCCUGAUAACCCUGGAAUGAUCAUGCUAAUAAUUUCCCACCUGCUUGUUAUUUUAUAUUUCUGAGAGUAUAAUAAUAUAGCUGCCUUGAGGGAACACAGUCAUUUUUUCUCCCUUCGAUCUAAACAUGCACACAUAUUUUCAAAUAGCAAUAAAUAUGAUAUUUUAGUCAUCCAUGAAGUUUUGUCAGGCAAUCUGUCACACUUCUACAGAACAGAAAUUUGCCUUGUGCCUGUCAAUGGUAUUUUAUGGGAAACUUAUAUUUCAACUCGACUAGAUGGCUUGUAGCAGUCACUAACAAAACUGGAUAGGAGCUUCCACCACCUUGUUCCAUCUUGGUUCCCUCCUCUGUUCUCUGCCUUACCUUGCCAUGUGUUGAAUUCAUAAUGUGUAUUAUUAAGGUUCUGUGUCAAUCUGCUGGGAGCUGUUCGAUUAAUCCCCCACUUUCCAUACUAGGAAUGGUCUCCAGGCCAGAGCUCAGUGCCCCAAGCAACUUUAUCUGGUCUAUCCUGACCUUACCUAGUGUGCUUAAAAUGUUUACCACACUUUUCAGUUAUGAGGAAAAUAAAUGAUGGAUAUUCCAUAUA